GAUGGUCUGGCCAGUGAAUUACUAUUUAUUCACAUUACUGGAUCAGAUCUCUGCCGGGGAAAGUCAGUCUAGAAUUCCAAAAGCUGCUUUUGUUAAAUGGAUGUCAAGUAAAUGCUUAAAGUUACUUGGUGAGAUAAAUAAAUAAAAGCUGUUGGGCAGCUUUUAGCUCAGGAUUUCUUUCGGAAAAUAGUUCAAUAUCUUCCUACUUUGAUGUGCCCUACCUCCCACGAACGUUGGGGCCACCCACCCCCCGCGGGGAGCUCUGGGUAGUGUCCUGCCUAAGGCACGGAGGUAAAUUCUUGGGCUCGCUUGCCUUUGUCUCCCGCCUGUCUUCUCACCGACUGAGGUCUUAUCUUGUCCUCUGGGAGGUAUGUUAAGUGCUCUGCCAGCCUGCCUGUGUGCCUGGCCUGUUUUUUCUCACUGCCAGUACCUCUUGGAUUCCAAUUCCAAACAUGGUAUCCCUCUGGGGUCACCCUUUCUUCCGGUGCCAAGAGAGAACACAUUCCAAAUGGAACACAAGUGUGCCUCCCAUGCUGGGCUCUCCUUACUCUGCUUGGGGACAGCAGAGAGCAGGAUGUGACCACUCCAUCCCACUCGGCUGAAGGUGUCAGUCCCAAGUCCUACCUUCCCCUCAGCGCAAUUUCGGUUUUCUGCUGAGAAGCGAAGUUGAAGAACGUCCUAAGAAAUCCUGGAGUUAAGAACGCUUGCCAGACUCUGCAAGGAGGGCUGGAGCCUUGCUGAAGGAGAGAGAGAGAGCGGGGGAGACGUGCUUAAAUUACCCAUGAAGUGUACUCGGUUCUGCCAUUCUUUCCCAAAGCCACCAGAAGCCGUCUUCUCAGAAAAGGUGGAGUUGGUGAGAAGCCGGAGGUGAGAAGGUACUUGGGAGGACAGAUUAAUUUAUUUUCUGAGUUUCCUAUGCGGGGACAGAAUCGGAGCCCAGCAAGGUUUCGAGAUUCCCAAAGAUGAGUUCCAACAGCAGCAUGGUGGGCCAGCUCCUCUGGCAGGGGCCGCCCUGCGUUAGCUGGAAGCAGGAUCUGGAAGGGGCUUUCUAUCACCUGGCCAACUGCCUCUUGCUCCUGGGCUUCAUGGGGGGCAGUGGGAUGUAUGGAUGCUUCUACUUUUUUGGCUUCCUGGGCACGGGCUACCUGUGCUGCGUGCUGUGGGGCUGGUUGGAUGCCUGCGGGCUGGACGUCGUCCUUUGGAACUUGCUGCUGGCAGUGGCCUGCGUGCUCCAGCUGGCCCACCUGGUGUACCGCCUGCGUGAGGACACGCUCCCCGGGGAGUUCGACCUCCUCUACAAGACGCUGUACCUGCCUCUGCAGGUGCCCCUACAGACGUACAGAGAGAUUGUGCACUGCUGCGAGGAGCAGGUGCUGGCUCUGGCUGCCGAGCAGACGUAUGCCGUGGAGGGUGAGACACCCAUUAACCGCCUGUCUCUGCUGCUCUCUGGCCGGGUUCGUGUGAGCCAGGAUGGGCAGUUUCUGCACUAUGUCUUUCCUUACCAGUUCAUGGACUCUCCCGAGUGGGAAUCACUGCCGUCCUCUGAGGAGGGGGUGUUCCAGGUCACUCUGACUGCUGAGACUGAAUGUAGCUACAUUUCCUGGCCCCGGAAAAGUCUCCACCUGCUUCUGACCAAAGAGCGCUACAUUUCCCGCCUCUUCUCAGUCCUGCUGGGCUAUGACAUCUCAGAGAAGCUCUACACUCUCAAUGACAAGCUCUUUGCCAAGUUUGGGCUGCGCUUCGACAUCCGCCUCCCCAGUCUCUACCACGUCCUAGGCCCCACUGCCCCAGACACAGGGCCAGAGUCUGAGAAAGAUGAUGAGGAAGUCCAUGAACCGGCCGUGUCCCCUCCUCUGGCCACUCCCACAUCUAUUCGUCAAACUUCCCCUUGUUCUUCCCCUCCAGCUGCUACCAACCCUUCUGCACCUCCUUCACGGGCCAGGAUGUCCAGGCCCGACAGCGGCAUCCUGGGUGAGGACUCCACCAGUUUGGUGCUGGAGGAUUUUGAGGAGGUGUCAGGAUCAGAGUCGUUUAUGGAUUAUAGGAGUGAUGGGGAGUACAUGAGGUGAGGGGAGAACUAACAUGGGCACAGCCUCGGCCGCACGAUCCUAUCUUCUAGAACUCCUCUUCAGAGCCACCCUGAAGUUGUAUCCAGGGGACAGGCCCCUUUGGCUCCAACCCACACUCCUGAACUUUGAGGAUUCACGCUGUUCUUUCGCUCUGCAGCCAGCAUAAAUCUCUCCCGUGUUCACAGGACACUCGUAUGCACACCAUUCUCUUCACCCACCGCAAGGCUCACAGGGAAGGUGGGAGUGGACACAGAAGGUGCCAGCACUGCGGAUGGGCCCUAAGUGACUUUUAGAAAGGCGCCCUCAUGAGCCUUCCUUCCACAAGGCACCCCAAAGUGCAAAAGCACAGACUCCAACCAUCACGAGCUGCAGAAUUUUGAGCAAGUUACAUAGUUUCUCUGAGCCUCACCUGCAAAGUAGGGGUUAAAAAGCCACCUCACAGGGUUGUCGUGAGGAUCAUGAGUUGAUUUAGGUAAAGCACCUAGGAUGUGACAUGGCACCUAGUGAGCACUCAAUAAAUCACUCAGCUGUGCCUCCCUAUACUGUUUCUUUGAAUUGUCUGAAAGGAUCAACGUGGUCAGCUAUAAGUUUUCACUAGUGAUCAUUUCUCAUUUUUUGAUCAAGAUUCAAUUUAUGGAGGCUGGCAGGUGGUGUGGUGUUUGAGGCACUG